AUGAUGAAGGUGCUGUGGACCUUUGCAACGGUGCUGGUGUCGCUUCUUCAUGAGGUUGACGCUCAUGGUCACCACCAUCACCACCAUGAUCAUGAUCAUCACGACCACGACGACGAAGAAAAAAGGUAUUACCGCCGUCGAACGCUGGUAGGAGCAGACGACCGAUGGUUUGGAGGAGACGACCGAACGUUUGGAAACAACGGUGAAUUCACUAAAUUCAAAGACUACUUUUUCUCGGGAGCAUUUGCAACGGAUGGAUCUCGCUGUGGUACCACUGUCACUGAGGAACAAAAAGAAAAGAGUCAAGAAGCCUACCAAGAAUGGUUGAGGCGGAAUCCACGCCCCAUGGACAUUAUUUCGGAACAAGUUGUGACAAUCGAUGUGUACUGGCAAAAUAUCCAGGCAAGCGAUGGGACCGGUGGAAGUUCCACCGAGAUGAUUAACGAUUCCAUCGAUGUCCUGAACGAGGCAUAUGCCGACAGUGGCUUUCAAUUCAAUCUGGUUGCCACGAUCGACACGGCGAAUGAUGCCUACCAUACGGCGAGUGUCAACACUCCCGAAGAAUUCGCCAUGAAGGAAGAAUUGCGUCGGGGAGACUGUACCAGCUUGAAUGUCUACUCGAACGCGCAGCAAGGCUUGCUUGGCUGGGCGACGUUUCCCAGCGAUUGCGAUUUUUUCCAAGAGGAUGAUGGAGUGGUGAUUGACUACCAAACAUCCCCCGGUGGCACCACGUCGCCUUAUAAUCUUGGAGAUACCUUGGUUCAUGAGGUGGGACACUGGAUGGGUUUGUACCAUACCUUUCAGGAUGGAUGCGUAGGCGAUGGAGACUUUGUCGAUGAUACGCCACCAGAAGCGGAACCAGACUAUGAUUGUGAAAUGAAUCGCGACUCGUGCGGGGAUGGACUUCCGCAGGACGACGUUACGAAUUACAUGAACUACGGAAAUGACCUUUGCUUGAAUCAUUUCACACCUGGACAAAACAUUAGGAUGCGGGCUCAGUGGGAAAUGUUUAGAGGUUCUGCUGUCGCCACUCCUGUACCAAGUGUUGCUCCAGUAGCAGCUCCUGUUCCUGCUCCUGUAGCGGCUCCUGUUGCAGCUCCUGUAGCGGCUCCAGUUGCUGCCCCUGUGGCUUCCCCUGUGGCUUCCCCAGUUGCUGCCCCGGUUGCUGCCCCUGUUGCUGCCCCUGUUAUGGCUCCCGUUCCGGCUCCUACUGACGCUCCUAUUCCAGCACCGGUCCCAGCGCCAACACGAGGACCGUCUCCGGCCCCAAUCCCAGCACCCAGUCCUGCCCCAACUCCUGCCCCUGUAGCUCCUGGAGAUUGCCCCGCUGGAUUUUCAAAAUAUAGAUUGAGCCUGACAACUGAUCGAUUUGGAAAUGAAGUUCGUUGGACUCUCCGAUACAAAUGCUACGGAACCACUGCACUGAGUGGUGGUCCAUACGCAAACAGUCAAACGUUUACUGCGGAAAAAUGCCUUGAAAGCGAUGAGCAGUUCGAAUUUACCAUUCAAGACGAUUCUUGUGAUGGCCUCUGCUGUACUUAUGGUAACGGGCGCUAUUCCAUGACAUUUGAUGGCACACCUGUUGCAAUGGAAAAGUUUCCGUUCAGCAAAAGGGUACCACUCACAUGA